AUGCAGCCAGUCGAUGUUGCGCGCUCGUUGAGAGCUCAAUGGCCAUGCCGAGAAGUUCAGGCGCAACAGCUUGCUACCUUGUUCAAUGUAUGUGCUGUUAAUAUCCCCACGAGCAAUACGUCGUUUGUGCCUCAUCUUCCUAGCCCACCGACCUUGGUUGUCCAUGGCAUUUCUGCAACUUGCAAAUCCACAAUUAUCCGCGGAGUUCUAUCUACACUCGAAGUACCGCACGCCGUUGUCCGAAGCAGCGAGUGUAUCACUGGGCGACAUCUUCUUACCAAGAUUCUCUGGAACACCCUCGAGGCUCUGGGUCAAAAGGAUGAAUGGGAGAAAUUUGGAAAGGGACGAUGCGAGCAUGUCAGUACACUCGCAGUGUUGCUGGAAGAGUGCCUUGCAACGCGAACUCCGGAAAAACGAGGGAAAUUUGUACUAGUUCUGGACGAGAUUGAUAGGCAAAGAGAGGCACCGCACACUCUACUGUCGGCAUUGGCGCGACUUGGAGAAAUUGUCCCCUCGCUCUGUGUUGUUCUGGUCCUCAGCUCGACUCCUCGACCUAUGUUCCUUCAAAAUACAGCAGUUCCGCAUAUCAGCUUCCCUCCGUACACACGCAAAGAGGCCAUUGAUAUCCUUCUGGCCUCCCCAAUACCCACCGUGGAAGGCUUACCCGAUGAAUCAUCAUAUCAAAUUUACCCUCAUUUUGUCUCUACCGUCUAUGAUACUCUGAUUGGGCCAACCGUUGGCUCCAUUCCAACGUUCCGAUCCAUCUGCCAGCGACUGUGGCCACAAUUUGUGGCUCCCAUUAUCCAGGGCGAGGCAGCACCUGGCGGAGGCACGGAUUGGGACUUUGCACGACUAGUAGUGAAGAACAGAGUGCUUUUCCGCCACCAAGGAGAAUCGGCUCUGGUGCAUCGAAUUGUCCCAGGGGAAUCUGCCGCCUCGAGCAAAACCAACCGCACGCCAUAUGCACCCAAAGCAGUCUCUUCGGCCCUGCCUCACUUGCCAUAUUUCUCUACCUUGAUCUUGACUUCGGCGUACCUGGCAUCUCAUACUCCGCAACGACUGGACACGAUCUUUUUCUCAAAAUUCUCUUCCUCGUCACUAUCUGCUCGCAAUAAACGCGCUCACCACCGGCGUCGUCUGAAGGUUCUUUCACAAGCCCAGGCAGAGGAGCGACAAGCAGCCAAUGAUCCCUCAACGCCAAACAAAAAGGGCAGGCGAUCGAAGACCCGAAUUACAAAGUCCACCCUCUCCUCGGCGUUUGCAACGUCCUCGGCCACCACUUCAGCAAUUGGUGGCGGCGGAGGAAUCACCGGCCCAUCCACCAUCCUAACAGCCCGGCCAUUCCCAUUAGAACGCCUCCUGGCCGUCUACCAUGCCGUUGAUCCGAACCCACCAGCUAAUCCAAUCCACACCCCCGCAGUCUCGGACCAGAUCUAUGCCGAACUAGCUACAUUGCGUCGGCUGCGUUUAGUGGUUCCAGCUUCGGGUCACCAUGGCGGGGCCACUAUGGGCAGUGGCAAUACGAGCGCGGAUGCAGGAGAGAAGUGGUGCGUCAAUGUAUCGGGUGACUGGAUCGGCGAGUUGGCCAAGGGGAUCGGUGUUGAAGUUGGAGAAUGGCUGGCCGGUGGAUUGGACUAG